UUGCCUCGCGCCGCGCCCGCGCCCGCGCGCGCGCGCGCGCGCCGCGCGACGCCGCAGCGCGCGGCAACGCUUCGCCCGCGCGCGCUCGGCACGCUGUACGACGUCCCGGUGUCGAACAACGGCGCGCGGUGUCGAUUGCUCGCGCGCUGGCUCGGGCUGUACGACGACCUCGUGUUGACGAAUCCGAACGACGCGUUCGCGGACGGCGGGAUCAAGUCCGCGGCGUACGCGGAGAUUAAUCCGCAGCUCAAGAUGCCGACGCUCGUCGCGGCGAACGGGCUGCGCGUGCCGGAGAGCGAGGUGAUCAACGCGUACCUGAUGGACGCGGCGAGCGAGGGGGCGCGGAGACUGGCGACGCCGAAGACGAUCGAGGGACGGACGAACGGGGCGCUGGCGACGCGAACGCACGAUCAGUACUUGGUGCCGAUACAGGGGGCGAUGUAUCGAGGGCCGAUGGACCGAGCGACGCGCGCGACGCAGUUGGCGGAGAUCGCGAGGCAGUUGCGGAUACUGGACGAGAUUUGCGGACGCGAGGACGGCGAUUACGUCGCGGGCGAGACGAAGAGCGCGGCGGACGCCGCGCUGUUUCCGACGCUGAUUUUUUGUGAUUUUUUGUUGCCAAAGUACUUCGGUUGGAGCGAGGGCGCGGCGCUCGGUGGGGCGAAUUUGCGUCGGAUGUACGAGGCGGUCAAGCGCGACCCGGACGGCGCGAAGACGUACGACGAAGUCCGAGGGGGUCUCGAGGCGUGGGAGAGCGCGGGGAGAUUUGAAAAGGUUGGCAUCGUCGAUGACGUCGCGGAUGUUUCGUUUCAGUGGUCGUUUUAA